AUAUGCCGGUCACGAGAUUGAAACUACCUAGUCAAAUUUACUAUAAAGUUUAUCAUUAUGCUUGAAUUUGAUUGAUUUUGAUUAGUCAUUUACAGAGAAAAAAAAACAGAAAAAGAAAAAAAAAAAGAAAAAAGAAAAAACAGAUAACAUUGUUUUUUGUUGCAAUAAUAUCACAGAAAAUUGUAUUAGAAUAGAGAAAAUUUACAAUUAUUUAAUAUAUUUGCCGGUAUUCUUGAAGUUUAGAAAUUGUCAUGUGCAAUUUACUGUUAUUUCGUAUUAAGAGUUUUUGAAGUUAUCUUGAAUGAAUGAUGUACUCUUUAACGAUAUAUGUCUACGUAUAAAAAUGGAAAGCCGGAAUUUUGACAACAAUAAAAAUCACAAAGUUUUGCGACAUUAUGUUGCAAAGAAAAAUUCUACUGUUACUUGCAUGUCAAGACAUUGUGAUGUAAAUGUAAGUACUUUACGUCUGGGAAUGCUGGUAAAAUGCCUGGAAGAUUUAAUGGAUGGAACGCUCCUAAUUUCUGUCACCGAUGUGUCAGGAUCAAAAGUUUGGUUUAACACAGAAUGGUGCUGUCAAAAAACUGAUCUCAUUCCUGUGUCACAAGAAAUUUGGAGAUUUCUUCUUGCGGUUUCAGUACCACAAGAGAGAGUUCGCCUGGCCAAUAAUAAAUCACUUUGUGGAAUAUUGGAAAAUCUAUCUGUAAAUGAUAAAGUAUGGUAUCACUCUAACCAUAAAGUUAAUGACCACAAGGAAUUAGCUAUUAUUAAAUAUAUUGGUCCUGUACCUAAGCUUGGUCAAGGAUUUUAUUUUGGUCUUGACAUACCGGACAGUCAAGAACUAUCUAAAACAUCUAUGCUAUGUUCAGAAUAUUUUGAGUCAGCUCACUCAAAUAGAACAUUUGCAACAUUGAAUAAAAUUUCUCUUUACAAAGUGGAUGUUCCAAAUAGAAAUACAGAACAAAUUUUAAUACCAAAACCUAUUACACAGAAUGUCUCUACUAAUUUGUCUGACAAAAAGAAAUUUACUUUGGAUCCAAAUUUGUUAGAUGUAUUGGAAACAUUUUCCCCAGACAGCAGUAAGAAUAAUAAUAAUAAUUGUAAUAGUACAUCUUUACCAGAUGAAUAUCAUUAUGCCAUGAGAUCAUUAAUUCCACAAAAUACAAAUAACAAAUCAGGUAAUAUGUCAGAAGAAAAUGGAAACAAAAAUUGUAGACGAGAUAAAUCUUCAGAUUUAAUUGUGGGUUCAAAUGUUAAAGUACUUCUAGGCUCAGAUUUAAGACAUGGAACCCUUCGUUGGAUUGGAACACGACCUAAUACUAGUAAAUUAAUGGCAGCUGUUGAAUUGGAUGAAGGACAUCCAUCAGGUACAGAUGGUACUUACAAGGAAAUAAGAUAUUUUCAAUGUCAACCUUAUAGAGCCGUUUUCACGGAUAUUGAGCAAUGCUUUCCAUAUGAAUCUGGAGUAGUAAGAGUUGAUGAUCGAUAUCCUUCUAUGAAUACUAAUAAUUUUGGAAAUAUGGAAAAUGUAAUUACAGGAAUGGUGAGACCUAUUUCAGUCAAAGGAAAUUUAGAGAGUAUUUGUGGAAAAUUCAGAGGAAUACAAGGUCAUCAUAAUUCAUGUUAUUUGGAUGCUACUCUUUUCAGUAUGUUUGCUUUCACUAGUGUAUUUGACAAUCUUUUAUUCAGACCACCAAAUGAAAAAGAUUGUCAUGAGUAUGAAGAAGUUCAGAAAGUAUUACGCGAAGAAAUCGUUAAUCCCCUUCGAAAAAAUAUAUUUGUAAGUGCGGAUCGUGUAAUGAAAUUAAGAACGUUACUUGAAAAAUUGUCUUCUGUAUCUGGUCUUACAAGUGAAGAAAAAGAUCCAGAAGAAUUUUUAACAUCAUUGGUGGCACAAAUCUUAAAUGCUGAACCAUUUCUCAAAUUAAGUUCUGGUCAGGAUGCAUAUCACUAUCAACUUUUCGUUGAAAAAGACGAUCAUCUCAGUCUACCAACAGUACAACAAUUAUUAGAACAGAGCUUUUUCACAAGUAAUAUCAGAUUGAAGGAAGUUCCUUCUUGCCUUAUCAUACAAAUGCCACGAUUUGGAAAAUCAUUUAAAAUGUAUCAAAAAAUCCAACCAACUCUCUUGCUUGAUGUGACAGAUAUAAUUGAAGAUUCUCCUAGACAGUGCACAGUAUGUGGUAAAUUAGCUGAAUUUGAAUGUAAAGAAUGUUAUGGAGAAUGUGGAGAAGGUCUUGAAAGUAUAGCCUUCUGUGUAGAAUGCUUAAAAACAGUACACCGUCAUGAACAUAGAACUAAUCAUGAACCAAAAAAACUUAGUGUACCAGUAGAAUUUGCAAUUUUACAAGAGCAUUGUCCCGUACCUCGUUUAUAUUUAGAACUCUCAGCAGUCGUUUGUAUUGAAACAUCUCAUUAUGUUUCAUUUGUAAAGUGUGGCUCUGGUUCAGAAGCACCAUGGUGUUUUUUUGAUUCUAUGGCAGAUAGAAAAGGUGAACAAGAUGGAUAUAAUAUACCAGAGAUGGUGCCAUGUCCAGAUUUUCCUUAUUGGCUAAGUGAAGAAGGUGGCAAUUAUUUGAUGAAAUUAACAGACGAUCGUAAUUUACCGGAAUAUGCAAAACGACUUUUGUGUGAUGCCUACAUGUGUAUGUACCAGUCACCGGAUGUUAUGAUGUACAAAUAAUGUUGAUAUAAUCUCAUAAUAUUGGUAAAUUAUUUAUAAUUAACUUUUUAAAUCGUAGACGUUUUUUUUUUUUUUAAUCAGUUAUAUGUGCACAUGUAAUAUAAUUAUUUUCAUAUUUUUUUUUAUAUUUUCUUCUUCAAAGUAUAUAUUCUGCAGUCAUUAGGACAGUCAUUGUAUUAUAAAAAAUGUUAAUAUUUAUGAUGUCCUCCAAUGGAUUAAAGGAGUAAUGAAAAAGAAAAUUGAUAUAAAUAUAUUUGAAGAUUAAUUGUAAUAUUUUUAAAGUCCGUGAAAAUAUUAUUAGAUGCAAAUACGUUAUUUUAUAUGAAGAAAUAGUAUUGCAUAUAAAUAGUAAAUUGUAACCAUUGUAUCGUAAAAUAUGAUAGUGCACAAAAUCUGAGAAAAAUCUUAAUUUUAAUUUAUUUUAAUAUUCAAAGUACUAUUUAUAUCUUUUGAUAUACAUAUGUAUAUUACUAUAGUAAAUGUUUUUAACAAAAGAGUGUAGAUUGUUCCAGCUAUUAUUUAAAUAGAAGUGCGACUGCAAAUGCGACUACAAAUUUGUAUUAAAGUCAACUGUCUUCUUAUCUUAAUAGAGUUAAUGUAUUAGUUCUCGAGGUAAAAUAUAAUUUAUACAUAUACAUAUAUAUAUAUAUAUAUAUAUGUGUGUAAUUAUUAUAUUAUAUGUUUUGGUUAAGUUACGAAAAUUUUUCUAUUACACCGUGGCGUUUUUAACAAAUGUGGUAAUUUGUUUAUUAUGCUAAUUACAUACAAAUAGAUAUAUUUACAAUAAAUAAAGGCAUCCAUUGUAUUGUA